AUGGCUGAUAUUGUUAUUAUACUGGUUAUUCUUAGCGCAACUUUGGUCACAAUAUUUGCCCAGAAUGGUACAGAUGUCAAGGAUUUGUUGACGAAACUCUUUUCUACCGAUGGCUACAACAAGAAGAUCCGCCCCAUUCAGAACCAGUCACUCUCCGUCUCUAUUUCGACGGAUCUUAUAAUGAACACCAUCAUCGAGUUUGACGAACAGAACGAAGCUUUGAAGACAGCCGGAUACCUGUACCUAUAUUGGACGGACGAGUACCUAUCAUGGACCCCCUCAGACUACGGAGAUGUUUAUCAACUAUUUGUGCCUCAAGACGACAUAUGGAAACCGGAUAUCUCUCUUGCCAAUACUUACACGUCUUUCACGGGGCUUGGUUCGUCUUUCCUGAACGUCCGACUCUACUAUGAUGGUACGGUUCUUUGGAAACCAUAUCAGGUCUUGGAAUCAACCUGUUCAGUGGUCAUAACGAAUUUUCCAUUUGACACCCAAAGCUGUGACCUUAAAUUUACUGCCUGGAGUUAUGCAAAAGAGGAAGUGGAGCUCAACCUAGGGGCAAAUGGAAUCUAUUUCAAGGACCUUGCUCCAAAUAAUCAAUGGGACAUUGUUAAUUCAGCUAGCAAUGAAAUUAAUAGCGACGAAUCUGCUGUGACCUUCACCUUAAAAUUAAAGCGUAAACCAGGCUUCUACAUCUUGAACAUUGUUGCACCAGUUGUUUUGUUGUCAUUGCUGAAUGCUUUUACCUUCGUUCUACCAGUUGCAUCGGGUGAAAGGGCCGGUUACUCCGUAACUGUAUUUCUAUCGCUUGCGGUGUUUUUGACCAUUGUUGCUUCAGAAAUGCCGAAGAAUUCAGAGCACACGUCGAUCUUUUCAGUAUAUUUGAUGACGAUGACAACGUGUAGCACCCUGAUCGUGAUGCUUACACUCGUUGAAGUACGUCUCUCCAUCCGAACCAUUCCCGAUCAACCAAUAAACAAGUUCUUCCAAUUGCUGUACAAGCUUGCAAUGGUCCUUCGGUGCGAGGGUUGCAAGACUCGUGAAAAAGUCGUUCCAAAACAGGAAAAUAACGAAAUGUCAAAUGACGAGCCUGAAGCUGAUAAAGUUGUGAAUGAAUUUACGACCAACUGGCCUGAUUUGGUCGAUGCUUUAGAUUUUUUAUUGUUUUGGGGUUUCGUAACUGUCACAUUCAUUGUCACAAUGACAUGUAUGCUUGCAGCCUGGUCAGCUGGACAGGAGUGA